GCUCCAACACCGGAAGUAGUUCGAGUAGCGCGUUUCUUGAAAUGUGUGUUGCCAACCCUGUUGUAAGGUUAUGUGAUGUCAGGACCAAAAUGUUUUUAAUGCAUUGGUGAAGAUUGCGAAACAAUUUACAUGGUUUUCUUCAAAUUAAAAUACUUUUAAGAGAACUUCCACGUUUUGUUUAUCAGCAUAUGCUGUUGUGUAAUUUAUAUGUUCGCCACGUCCAAACUCGAAGUCACCCCAGCACAGCACUUGCUCAUUUUCUGAUUAUUUGUGGAAUUUAUCAUUAUUCUUGUGUAUAAUGAUUAAAUAUAUUUUUAGGAGAUUCACAUCUUGUAGAUUAAAAUAUCCCAACUCAAUCAAGCUUUGUGUGCCUUGUAACUUUUUGUCUUCAAGUUCAAUAUUACAUGUUAAAAGGAAAUACCCUAUCUUACCAGAAAAGGCAGAGGAUUUACCAGUAUCCGGUAGCAGAUCCAACAGAUAAACGCAUUUAUGUUUGGGGCUUGGCAGAGCAUGGAGCUCUAGGCAAUCAUGUUCAAAAUAGGAAAUCAAAAGUUAUUAAGAGACAUUUUUUUCUGCCUGUCAGAUUGCAGUUUGGAGAAUUGCAUAAAGUUGUUGAUUUCACCUGUGGGUAUGGCUUCACAGCAUUUGCAGUUCAGUCCAAAGGUACACAUAAAGUGUUUGGCUGUGGAAUUAACACAGAUUCACAGAUAGGUUAUCAUGCGGUUAGGCGAAACCACCCUCUUAGUAUAAUAUUAAACCCACUUCCUAUAGAUAUACCUUUUGUUUCUCCAAAUACAAUAAGAAUAAAACAAGUUGCUGCUGGAAGGGCUCAUCUUCUUGUUCUAACAGAAACUGAAGGUGUUUAUUUAUUAGGGAAUAAUGCAUAUGGUCAGUGUGGAAGAAAAAUUGUUGAAAGUGAAGAUUAUAGUGGUCAUCCUAUAAUUAAUAACAUUACCCAUCUUGAAGGGAAUAAAAUUAAUAAAAUUGAAUGUGGUCAAGACCAUAGCUUAUUCAUUACGGAAACAGGAAAAGUCUACACAUGUGGCUGGGGUGCUGAUGGCCAGACUGGGUCAGGUCAUUAUGGGAAUUCAUAUCAUCCUUCUCAAGUGAAAGGAGAUAUCGAAGGAGAAAUUAUUACUAAAGUUGCCUGCUCUGUUGAUUGUGUUUUAGCACUUAAUAAUAAAGGAGAAAUUUUUGGUUGGGGAAAUUCUGAAUAUGGACAGCUAGUCUCUCCUGAAGAAAAAGUCCAAUUAAAUGCAGCUGUAUACUUGGAAAAAUGUCGUUCGCUUGGUAAAAUUGUAGAUAUUGCUGCUGGAGGUUCCUUCUGUAUGGCUGUUAAUGAAGAAGGUGCAUUGUUUGUUUGGGGCUUUGGAAUAUUAGGAAAAGGUCCAAAAGUAGAUCAUUCCCUUGAACCCACUAAUAUUCCCAGCACAUUGUUUGGUCAAAAUGAAUUUGAACCACAUUCGAAAGUGGUGGGGAUUGAAGCAGGAAUUGGACAUAUGGCUGCUACCACAAAUUCUGGAAAUCUUUACAUGUGGGGUCACAACAGAUCAGGAUGCUUAGGCUUAGGGCAUAUGGAUGACCAAUUUUUCCCACUGCGAGUUUCCAUUGGUGCUAGUGUACAGAAAGUCAGAUGUGGUGUAGAUCACACUGUAGCAUUGUGUCAACCCUUUGUUUAGUUUUUUUAUCUAUGUAAAAUUAUAAAUGUAUAUUUAUUGUUCAUAAUUGUAGAUAUAUAAAAUACAAUUAAGGCAUACUGAUGUUUGACAAAGAAUAAUCAUGUAUUAAUAUUUGUACAAUUGUUAUUCAGAUGUAAAUAUAAAAAGCACAUUACUUCAAUAAAGCAAUUAAAUGUUUUUAUAUGAAUGG